ACAUUUGGCAGUGAAACCCUUAGUUAUGCUAAGUGGAUAAUUCCUAUAGCAGUGGCCAUGUCUUGCUACAGUGGCUUAAACUCCUCAAUAAUUGCAGCAUCUAGGCUUUUUUACGUUGGAGCCAGAGAAGGACACCUCCCUGACAGUCUGAGCUUGAUUCAUAUAAAGUGCUUCACACCAGUCCCUGCUCUCCUCUUCAAUGGCUUAAUGACUUUGCUUUAUCUGCUUGUGGAAGAUGUUUUCCUCCUCAUUAAUUACUACUGCUUCAACUACUGGCUCUUUGUGGGUCUGUCUAUUGCAGGACUGAUAUAUUUGAGGUAUACUCAGCCGCACAGACCACGGCCCAUUAAA